AUGUCUGGCGCAGUUGCUGAUCUCGGCCUCAUCGGCCUGGCUGUCAUGGGCCAAAACCUGAUCCUGAACAUGGCCGACCACGGCUUCACCAUCUGUGCCUUCAACCGAACAGUCUCCAAGGUCGACAAGUUCCUGGCCAACGAGGCCAAGGGUAAGCCCAUUGUUGGCGCUCACACCACCGAGGAGUUCGUGUCCAAGCUGAAGAAGCCCCGCCGUGUCAUGCUCCUUGUCCAGGCCGGCAAGGCUGUUGACGACUGGAUUGAGACCCUCCUGCCUCUGCUCGAGAAGGGAGACAUCAUCAUUGACGGUGGCAACUCUCACUUCCCCGACUCCAACAGGAGAACCCAAUACCUGGCUGGCAAGGGCCUUCGCUUCGUCGGCUCCGGUGUUUCCGGUGGUGAGGAGGGUGCCCGCUACGGCCCGUCUCUGAUGCCCGGUGGCCACGAGGAGGCAUGGCCCUACAUCAAGGACAUCUUCCAGAGCAUCGCUGCUAAGAGCGACGGCGAGGCCUGCUGCGACUGGGUCGGUGACGAGGGUGCUGGCCACUACGUCAAGAUGGUGCACAACGGUAUUGAGUACGGUGACAUGCAGCUGAUCUCCGAGGCAUACGACAUCAUGAAGCGUGGCCUGGGCCUGUCAAACAAGGAAAUCGGCGAUGUCUUCACCAAGUGGAACACGGGUGUCCUAGACUCCUUCCUGAUCGAGAUCACCAGAGAUAUCAUGUACUUCAACGAUGACGAUGGCACCCCACUCGUUGAGAAGAUUCUGGAUAAGGCUGGUCAGAAGGGUACUGGCAAGUGGACUGCCGUCAACGCCCUGGAUCUCGGUAUGCCCGUCACCCUGAUUGGUGAGGCCGUCUUUGCUCGUUGCCUGUCUGCCAUCAAGGAUGAGCGUACAAAGGCCUCGGGCAUUCUCGAGUUCGUCGGCCGCGCCAGCACCUUCGAGGGCAACAAGGAACAGUUCCUCGACGACCUCGAACAGGCCCUCUAUGCCUCCAAGAUUGUCUCCUACGCUCAGGGCUUCAUGCUGAUGCAGGAGGCCGCUAAGGAGUACGGCUGGAAGCUGAAUAAGCCUUCCAUUGCCCUGAUGUGGCGUGGUGGCUGCAUCAUCCGUUCUGUCUUCCUGAAGGAUAUCACUGCGGCCUACCGCAACAACCCCGACCUGGAGAACCUGCUCUUCGACGGUUUCUUCACCAAGGCUAUCCACAAGGCUCAGCCUGGCUGGCGUGACGUUGUCGCCAAGUCGGCUCUCCUCGGUAUCCCGACCCCUGCUUUCUCCACUGCUCUGUCAUGGUUCGACGGUUACCGCACCAAGGACCUCCCUGCCAACCUGCUCCAGGGACAGCGUGACUACUUCGGUGCUCACACCUUCAGAAUCAAGCCCGAGUUCGCCAGCGCCAAGUACCCCGAAGGCCAGGAUAUCCACGUCAACUGGACCGGUCGUGGUGGCAAUGUCUCUGCCUCAACCUACCAGGCAUAA